ACAAAAUUGUCAGUUAGUCUAUGGUCAAUGAAUUAGCUUCUCGUAAUGCGAUAAUGUUCCGUUUUGUGUUUGGAAAUAAACAGUAAAACUGGUGUAAUUUCAUUAAUUUUAGUUAUUAGUGACAUGUGAAAUAUUAAUAUGAUAAUACUAAGUGAUGCGAGUGCUGCAAUGAGGCUACAAAAAAGGAUUUGAUAUGAGCAUUCCUCGCUCUGCGAAGUGACGCCAUUUUACGGGAAUGAUCAGCCCGCGGCUGCCUUACAAUAAGCCCAAUGUAAAGUGUGCACUGCCGAGACGGAUGCGUGGACACAAGUCUUUACUGCUGUAUUCGUACUGGGCGUACGAUUUUCGAGAAAACUAUGGAAGAUGGUAAUUUCGUCAACGCAAAUGACGAAAAACUAGCCCCGGCGCCAGUGGGAAUCUACAAAGAGCAAAGCGCGAAAUUUACCACCAACGGGCACGAUGACCUCGCAGGCGAAGCGUCCAGCCCCCUAGCCGCGCCCGCCGAGCGCGCCGACCACCCCGCCGCACUCGACACACUCAACAAACGCGUCAACCCACUCAAGAUCCAUCUGGGAAAGAGGCCAUUUGUUGAUAAUUCUCUGCCAUACGCAACUACAAAGAAAAAGGCGCCAAUCGUUAACAGACCUUGUGAAACCAGUGCACUAACAAAAAAUUCAGUUCCCAGAGCUCCAAAAUUAAUCCACAGAAAGAAAAUCAAUAGUAGUCAAUUUCAAAAUGUUGCAUCACAACCUCAAAACUAUAUUCCACAGAAUGAACAGGACAAACCAGUACCGAGGCUGGUGCCUAAAAGCCAAUUACACCAAUUCAAAAAGAGUGCGGCUAAAAAGAUGGCUCAUAACAUGAAUGAAUAUCCACAAAAUGCAGGAUUACAGCCAAUGGUCAAGUUCAAGUGUAGAAAAUGUUGUUCAAUGUCAUUUAAGACUCUGGCUAUGCUGAAGGAACAUCAACAAGUGUGCAGAGCUCAAGCCAAGGAGCCUGCAAUGGCCCCCGAGGCUGCGCCCAGUGUGGAGGCACCCGCUGGGGGCCCAUCUAGAGUCACUAGGAAAGUCUAUCUCUGUUCAGCUUGUGGAACAUAUUAUGAAAAUUGGAACUUGUUCUUGCAUAUGAGGGAAGUGCACAAUCGCCACAUCUGUUUAUUCUGUUUGGGAAUGUUUUCAAAGGCAGAAAAACUAUCUGCUCAUCUGACAAACAAACACAAUGUACAGGAGUUCAGCUACAACUCUAAGGAGGAAUUCUGUAGUGUGUAUAACGGCACAAUGUACCUGAUGUGCUGUGAAUGUGACGAGAUCUGCAGCGAGCAGGACAACUUCUUCAAUCACGACUGCAACAAUGUCAUCCCCAAACCCGUGCCUGUGCUUGUAAGCAAAAAUGCAGCCAAGAUAAAUAGUAUGAAACAGAAUAAAAUAUGUAGUGAUACAACAGGAAAUGGUCUAGCACCUAUUAAAGAUAUGAAAAAUAUGAGUGAUAUUAGCAAAUUGGAUAAGAGACCUUCAUAUGAGCCAAAGCCUGAAACUGUGACCACCUUCAACUCCAGCACCCCAUCUACUAAAGUACAACCUAGUGAACCCAUUCUAGAUACUACUGUCAGAACGAAGGUCCCUGUUAGUAGAGGCAAGGAUAUGGCUAAUAUAAUAGCAAAUACUGAUGUAAGUUUAGAACUACACAGCUCAGAUUUCAUGACAGCAUCAAGCCCAUUACACCAACCUGCCUCUAGUCCAAAAGAAAACAGAAGUUAUAUGCCCAAUGGUGAUGACAGCAUGGAUGGUUCAGACAGAAGUAAUUCUCCUGUGAAUGCUGAAAGCCUAAAUUAUAAUCAUCAAAGCUUACAAACUCCAGCUAGUAUCUUACAAACUCCAGAACCAUAUCCAACAGUAGAAAAAGAAAAUUGUGGUAUUAAAUUAAAGCUUAGUCUAAAUAAAGCUAAUUCCCCUGUGAUCAUAAACUCCACUGUAGAUCCUACUGUGGGACAACAUAAUGCAUACAAGCCACCAACUAGAACACGGCGACCACCUAAACGAUAUGAAAAAGAUAGUCUACAAAACAGAAAUGAAAGAUAUAGCAGAGAAACACCCCCAGACCCCUUGCCGCCAAAAACCCCCUCCAUUAAGAUGACCAUAUGUGAUAAAGCUGACAGUCCUUUUGUUAAAACCACAUUCUAUGAAAAUAACCAGGAAACCACCCUCAAAACGCUGCUAAAUAAUAAUUCAGAAACUGCAUCAAGUAUGUCGCUAAGUAGUAAACCUAUCGAAAACACAGCAAUGUUAUCUACAAUUUAUGAUAACAAAUUGGAGGACAUGAACACAAUGAACAGGGUACCAAAGCUAACAGUGAGGGUGCCUAAGGAACUUCUAGACAAGGACUCAUCAAGUGAUUAUUCUUCAGAUAGUGAUGCUAGUGACAAACUGACAGUGGAUGACACACCUACUGAUAAUCUUGAGAUUCAUAAUGAACCAAAAGAGGAGCCACAAUCAGAGCCGGAGCCGGAGCAAGCGGCUGAGAGCAUAGAAGAACCCAAGAUAGAUAAUGUAACAGAAGAACCACCACCAGUAGCAGAAACUGCCCCAGUCCCCGAGGAGAUGGAGACAGAGCCCAUGGAGGCGCAAAUAGAUGUAGAAAAAUUGCCGGAAGACCCACCUGUAGAUGAAAUUCCAGUGCUUGAGUUAAAAUUAGAUAGGCCACUUGAUAAAUAUCCUCUGAAAGAGCUGCUGAAGGUGUUUCUUGCACAGACAGUAUAUAACUGCAUAUACUGCAACUACGUGCGCAAGGUGGCGGUGGACUGCCGCGCGCUGGCGCUGCACAUGGCGGCGCAGCACCGGUUCGCGGCCACCGUGGACAGCAUCACGGCCGAGGAGCUGCUGCCCGAGACCAUCCAGGCCAAGCUCAAGGUGGACGCCGACCAAGUGCAAUCAGUGUUCAUCAAUCUGGACUACUACGAUAGUGAGGAAAAGUGUGAAACUGUGCAGUAUGAUCACAUGUUUGAAUGUUUCCAGUGUUAUUUCAAAACUGCUGUUCAUAAAGAUCUCUAUUUACAUAAUCGUAAAAUGCAUCAAAAAACUAUAUUACUGUGUGUUAUGUGUAAAUCUAAUUUCUAUAGUUACAGUGAACUGCUAUGUCAUUUGUGUCCCGGGACUUAUGACUCAGACUAUGAAAUGAAGUAUAGAUGCUGUCUGUGCACUGUAGAUUCAAUACCUUCAUCAUUCAGGCUGAUGGUUCAUCUCCGAAAAAUUCACAACACUUGUGAUGUGUGCUUAGAGUUCUGUCACAACCAGUCUAGACUAUCUAACCAUGUAUGGAAACAUAAAUUGCACCAUCUAUGUUAUCGAUGCGGUAUCGCCUAUAGAAAUAAGCCAGAUAUAACCAAGCAUUUAUUCUGGAAACAUGGCACAGAAAGUAUACUUUGCAAGAGGUGUCUACAAAAGAAAUGGCCACACAUUUAUCACUUCUGUACACCUCCAGCAAUCUUUGUUUGUGAGGAAUGUAACCUACAAUUUACAAGAGCUGUUUGCUUGAAAGUUCAUAAACGCUUUCACUCUGGGGAGUUGCCUCAUGCUUGUAUUGAGGAAGGAUGUGAAGAUAAGUUUGUUUCAAAAAAACUACUGAUGAAACAUCUUGAGGAACAUCAGCGAAAGCUUGCCACUGUUGAUCUUGAAGAGAAAACAGACAAGAAACCAGCCAUCACAGAUUGUAAAGUUGAGCCAUCAAAUGAACAGAUUCCUACAAUUGACCUAGUAGAUGAUAAGCCUACUGAGGAAACCGCGCCUGGCGCUACUGAUGUUAAAACUGAAGCCGAAGAUGAGCAAUUAUCCAAAAAAGCAAGAAAGAAGAAACAAAAAGAGAAAGACGCUUUGUUGUUAGAUGUCAAUUUGCCAGAAUUAAACCUCUCUGAAAGUGACAGCAGCGACGAGUCUGAUAGCGGAUUGUCGCAAUCAACAAAAGAAGAGAAGCCAGACGUGAAACCGGAAGUUAAAGAGGAGAAGCCAGCGACAUCGGACACGGUCGAGAGUGGCGCAGACGUGGACAUGGCAGAGCCUAAAGAAGAGACACCGGAAGUGGCGGAGGAGGACAAGCCGGACGCGCAGCAGGUGCUCGACAUCUGGGACAACUUCAAGAAGUACCAAGCAAAAACGGAGCCGAAGCCGCGAGAGAAGACCCCGCCGCUCGUGCCCAUCCGGAAGCACGUGUGCGAGUCGGACCACGACUACUGCGUGGUGCCGCCCCCUGAUGCCCGCGACGACCUCUUCGACUCCGACAAGAAGAAGAAGCGGUCGCGGCGCGGCUCGAGCAGCAGCAGCAGCUCCAGCGCGUCCUCGUGCAGCUGCGGCUCCUCCUGCUCCUGCUCCUCCAGCUCCAGCGACUCGUCCAGCGACUCCUCCAGCGACGAGGGCCGCCUGCCCGACCGCCCGCGCCCGCCGCCGCGCCGCCGCCCCGGCCGCCCGCCCAAGCGCCGCGUCAGCACCGGCUCCAACGUGGACGUGCUGGGCGCGCACGACACGCCCGUGCUGCUGCCGGAGCGCGCGCAGCCGCCCGUGCCCGAGAGCGACCUGGACACCGCCGAGAGCGACACGGACGAGGACUUCUACGACGCGCAGCCGCAGCGCCGCGCCGCCGCCCUGCAGCAGGACCGCCGCCAGCUCGAGCCGCCCAGUGCCGAGCCCGCCGCGCCCGCCGGCGACCAGCCCGCCGCGGACCCGCCCGCCGACCCGCCCAGCGAGCCGCCGCGCGCCGACACGCCAGACAUGGAGCCGCAACACACUCCCAAGAAGGAGAAGUCCAGCUCCAAGAAAAAGAGCAAAAAGAAGAAGCGAUCUAAGAGUAAAAGACAUGAAGCGAUUAAAAUUAACAUUCCUAAAGAGUUCAUCACGACAAGUGAGCCGGAAGUGGCUCCGCAGCCUUUGGCACCCAACAAGAUUACGAUAUCGUUGCAAUCCAACACAGUACAAAUCCCCCCCGCGACCCCCCCGGUGGCCGCCGCGACGGGCCACGCGGCCGCCGCCGCCUCCGCCGCCGAGCGCAAGCGCGCCUCCAAGCGCCGCCGCGUGCCCAACAAGUUCUACGGCUACUCGAGCGACGAGGAGGGCGCGCCCGCCGCCUCACCGCUGGCGCUCAAGCCGCAGCAGCCGCCCAAGCUGGAGUGGAGGAAGGAGGACCUGCCCUCGCCCGUCACGAGCCGCGCCAAGAAGGAGCCGCCCACGCCUACUCCCACGCUCGUGCACAAGAUGUACAGCUCGCACGCGGAGUCGCUGCGGCUGGCGGCGCCGGUGCCGGACCCCGCGCCGCCGCGCAUCCUCAUGAACACGGAGUCCGUGGAGUCCAGCUCGUCGCAGUCGUCGGACGAGGGCGGCUGGCCCGCGCCGCCCGCGCCGCCGCCCACCUACCUCAACUCGGGCACCUCGAGCCUGCCCUACGCGUUCCAGAGGCCUGCGGGCAGGCAGGCGCGCGAGGGCGAGAGCGUGUACUGCUACUGCCGCUGUCCCUACGACGAGGUGUCGGAGAUGAUCGCGUGCGACGCGGACGGCUGCGCCAUCGAGUGGUUCCACUUCGAGUGUGUCGGUAUCAUGGUACCGCCUAAAGGCAAAUGGUACUGCCCCGAAUGUAGGAAGAAACAAAGCUUUGCAGGUUACAGAUAAGUCGAUUCAAAAUUUAGAUGUACAUAAGUCUUCUGUAUUGUUAUCUGUAUAUAACUUAUGAAUGUAGAUAAUUUAGAUUUACCUGUAUAUCUCUGUAGUUAGUUUGUAUAAGUUUAGGUUACUAGGUCUGAAGAAAUGUAUCAUUGUUAUAAAGUACAUGUUAUGCUUGAUUGGGCUGUAUGGCCACAGCUGUAACCUGGCAAAUUGUUACACUCUGUAUAAAUAACCUAUACAGCAAAGCGGAAAUAUAAAUCCGAUUUUUGAUACCA